AUGAAGUUCUCACCAUUAUUGGGUCUCGCAACCCUGUUGUUGCCUUCCUUGUCAUCAGGUCUCCCUUCUGCCCAACUCGACGAGAGACAAGCCGGUUCAUCAUGGUUUCUGCCGCACCUGGACCAUACCUCGGGUCCUGUGAGAGCCUAUGUGCCGAAUCUUGUCAAUGGGGCCGGACAACCCAAUUACACUUACCCGGUUUAUAAGGCUGUCAACUCUGGCGACUCCCAGGGCCUCAUUAGUGCAAUCUCCUCGGAUGGACCUAGUGGUGGCCAGCGAGAUAACUGCUGGCUUGCCGGACAACCCCGAGUUAUUUACUUGGCACCGGGGACAUACACGCUCUCUUCCACGCUAUUUCUAAACACAGACACCGUGAUUAUCGGCGACGCCUCGAACCCACCUACUAUUAAAGCUGCCACUGUCUUCAACGGCAAAUAUCUUAUCGUUGGUGGUCAGGGAGAUGGCGAGAAUCAUCCAUGCGGCGGAUUUGCCGGGGAGACACAUUUCUCAGUUAUGAUUAAGAAUGUUGUUCUGGACACUACAGCGAACUCGGGCAGUGGCAAUUUCACAGCCUUGAGCUGGGCUAUUGCUCAGAACUGCGCACUGGUGAAUGUGAAAAUCAACAUGCCUCAAGGUGCUCAUACUGGCAUCGUGAUGGGUGGUGGCUCGACAAUCUCAGUUUCUGAUGUGCAAUUCAACUUUGGCAACGUUGGUUUGCAUUGGAGCGGCCAUCAGCAAGGACAAGUCAAGGACAUGACAUUUAACAAGUGCACGACGGGUAUCCUGAUCGACAGCGGCUUCACCAUCAGCAUCUUCGCUCCCGUCUGCAACACCGUCGGCAACUGCAUAGUCCUCAACGAGGGCAACCCCUGGGUCGCCGUCAUCGACGGGCAGAGCAUUAACUCGGGCGACUUCUUCACCAGCCGAGUCGGCUCUCCCAACUUCAUGCUCGAGAACAUCUCCAAAGACACCACCAACUCCAACAUGGUCACAGUGGGUGGCAGCGUCAAGGUCGGCGGCGUGUCGAGCUUGGGGACGUAUAUUUACGGAAAUACUCGAGACUCCAACCCAAUAUACCAAUCUGAUCCCACAUCGAAACCAGUCUCUAGACCGGCGGCUCUUGCUCCAGGAGGCAAGUAUCCUGUCAUCAAUGCGCCACAGUACUCUGGAAAGACGGUCUCCGAUGUUGUGAACCUGAAGGACGCGAGGCAGAAUGGAGGCUUCAACCUACACGGAGACGGUUCAGUUGAUGAUACGGCGGCGCUACAAGGUGCUCUCAACACGGCAGCCAGCGGGGGUAAGAUUGCGUACCUGCCCUUUGGCAUCUACAGAGUCACCUCGACCAUUACCAUCCCCCCUGGCACUGAGCUAUACGGAGAGGCUUGGUCCACCAUCUCGGGAUCGGGCAGCGCCUUCUCAUCCGAGUCGAGCCCUACGCCAGUCGUCCAAGUCGGCAGCUCGCCAGGUCAAAAGGGCACGGCACGCAUCCAAGACAUUCGCUUCACCGUCAACGAGGCCCUCCCCGGGGCCAUUCUCCUGCGAAUCAACAUGGCGGGCGAUAACCCCGGCGACGUGGCCGUCUUCAACUCCCUCAUCACCAUUGGCGGCACCCGCGACACCACGCUCAGCUGCAGCGACGAAGCCAAGUGCCGCGCCGCCUACCUUGGCCUGCACCUUGCGGCCGGCUCAUCAGCCUACAUAGACAACUUCUGGUCCUGGGUAGCCGACCACCCCAGCGACAACAGCGCAAAGGGCAUUCACACCGUGGUCAAGGGAGGCGUCCUCAUUGAAGCCACAGCGGGAACAUGGAUCGCGGGCCUUGGGUCGGAGCACAACUGGCUGUACCAGCUGGGUCUUCACAAUGCCGCCAACGUCUUCAUCUCGCUCUUCCAAAGCGAGACCAACUACUUCCAGGGCAACCACGGCGCCCCGCUGCCAGGACAGCCCUUCAACGCCAUUGCUUCGGACCCCAAUUUCUCAUGGUGCAGCAGCAGCGAUAACGUGUGCCGGAUGGGCCUUGCGCAGUACUACCUUGGUAGCAACAGUGCCAUCUAUCACUACGCGGCUGGCAGUUGGAACUUUGAGUCGUUGACGGGCCUGAAUCAGGGUUUGAUGAACUAUAUUCAGAGCCCGGUGAGCAAUGGGCAUUUGCAUGGGUUUACCACUGGGCCCAAUGUCGCGGAGGCUAUGAGGCUGCCGAACGGCAACCAGUUUGGACGUGGAGGAAAAGAUGGGUUCAGCGGAUCGUGGGGGACGCUUAUUGCGGAUAUUGCCAGCCAGUAUUGA